UCACUUUAAUUUUAUUUUGCGAUUUGCUCCUUUGCGUAGUGUAAAAUAAUUUAAUAAGGUUAGGAAUCACAGGAACAAAGUUUGAAAAUAAAAUAUUCUUUUUAUUAAUGAAGGCUUAAAAUUUGUUUAUUUAUCAUGCAACUAAAGUUAUGGCUAUCUUGUUGUUAUAAGUAAUAACAAGUUGUAAAUUUGUGUAAAAAAAUUACAAUAUUAUCUACUUUUAAUCUUGAAGUGUAAUCGACUGAAGACAUGAGCGAAGUUAAUACGGCUGAGAUUCUCCGUGUUCUUGAAGCGGGACAAAAUACUAUGACACUCCUGAAUUCACUUCCCGUCCAAAAAAUUGAUGACAACUUGAAAAAAGAAAUAAAUUUGACAGCAUUUUCCUGCCAGGUACUGCAAUGGAAGAUAUUCCGGGCUACAUCAGGUGAACCAGAUGAGUUGUGGGAAGGGUUAGCUAUGCACGAGUACAUGUAUGGUAAAUAUGUGAAACAUUACAACGAUAUUAAUGAGUUAGGGUGUACGAUUUGUAAGGACAUGUUCCCGUGCACUCGAGAUGCAUUACAGAAACAUUUUGAGAGUGGAAUACAUAUUAAGAAUUUUUCAAAAGUCAUAUUUUAUGAACUUCUGGACUGCUGGAAAAAUGAGAGCGAUUUUGUUAAGUACAGAAAGUUUGUAGAUAGUGACGGUCCCAGUGGCAAGAUGUUUUGUAAAGUGUGUUGUAAAGAAGUGGAGAAGGACGAGAUGGAACUUUACAAGCAUUUCAGAGAAAAUCGACAUCAGGAAUUGUUUGCAGACAUUGUUAUCGCCAUGAUUGGAAGCAGGUGUGGGAAAGAGAGUGGGGAUUUUGUGUUUUCAUCUCCUUCUGAAAGGAACCAGUCCAACCCUAGAGAACCAACUGCUAGAAGCUCAGACAGCGCUGCAUCUACAAUCCCAAACAGUGGACCUUCUAGAAAGAAAAGCUUCACAAGAAAACUAGUCGAUACUCGCCUCGGUGAUAAUGCACAAAAAGGGGAAAAUUUGAACAUUUCUGUCGAUUCUCAUUCAAACAGUACAACGUCGAAUAAUUCUACAAACAACGUUACAGAUGAUGACAGAAUGUCCUCUGGAUUCAGAAACUUUGGGAACUCCGAACCUACUCCAUCAUCAAGUGGUUCAAGAUCAGCCACUGCGACUACAUCGAGAAAUUCAGAUCCUAAGAGACGUAGUUUCACGAAAAAACUCGUUGAAUCCCGUUUCAAUGAGACACCAAGAACGGUUCAAGAAAAGACUUCUAAUGGAGCAAAUUCAUCAGCUCAAAGCAGAUGUGGAUCGGUGGAUGCGGAUGCAACUACAUCGAGAAAUUCAGAUCCCAAGAGACGUAGUUUUACGAAAAAACUUGUUGAAUCCCGUUUCAAUGAGACACCAAAAACGGUUCAAGAGAAGACUUUUCAUGGAGCAAAUUCAUCAGCUCAAAGCAGAUGUGGAUCGGCGGAUGUGGAUGCAACUACAUCGAGAAAUUCAGAUCCUAAGAGACGUAGUUUCACGAAAAAACUCGUUGAAUCCCGUUUCAAUGAGACACCAAGAACGGUUCAAGAAAGGACUUCUAAUGGAGCAAAUUCAUCAGCUCAAAGCAGAUGUGGAUCGGCAUAUAACACUUCUAGCAGCAGCUCUGGCAGGAGGAUAUUAUUCGAUAAAAUCAGAAAGAUGUCAGAGGUACAUAGAAUGCAUUUCAUGGUGGGUGAUAUCAAGGAAACCAACUACAUCACACCAAUAGGACUGGAAGGUAUUCCUGUCCAUAUAACAAAUGAUCAGAUUGAUAGAGCAUGUGUUUAUUUGGGCGACGUGGUGCGAGUUGAAAGACAAACUAUUAGAACAAAUGUGAUCAUCUAUAUUAUUCUAAAUGACCGAUACAAGAGUAUAUUUGGAAAAGGUUUAGGUGUUUCAAUGGCUGGAGGAAUCUACAGAAUAUUGAAUCCUUUCCUAUAUUGUUAAUCUCUGGUAAGAAUAGUCAAAUAAUCCUACAAUAUUAUUAUUGUCCACAAAAAAUAUGUUCAUAUUUCUUGAAUGCCUUUCUUAAUCAAGAAAUGUUGAAAAUUGUACUAUACUUUGAAUUUUAUUUUGUCCUUGUAAAUUUAUAUAUUAUGUAAAAUUGACACUAUCAUUCAUCACCACUGUUAUAAUGUAAGGAUAAUUCUGUCAAUUUAAACCUAAUCCACCUUGACAUUACAUCAGGACCAGGUAGGCUACUUGCUCAAUGUUUAUAGAUGUUUUUCCUCUUUAUCUAAUGAAUGUAAGUUUUAUUUACAGUUAAUUGUAACAUUAUUAUAAUUAGAUAUUCUAUGUACUUUUCAUAUUUUCAGUAGUUUUUUAUGUAUUGUAUUUUUCUUUAUAGGGCUACUACACUUAUUAAAAUGAAAUGAAAAGUUUUUUUGUAUUGUAUUUUUCUUUAUAGGGCUACUACACUUAUUAAAAUGGAAUAAAAAUCAUCAAAUCAUUUUUUGAAAAUUUUACAGAGAUUUUUGAUUUGAAAAUUGCUCUUAUGAGUCGAAACGUGUUAAGCGUUGAUAAAAAUAUAAAAGGGUACUUGAUGAUUCUAUUUCACUCCAAUACAUGUAAUGUUAGUUUAAACUCCAAUGUUUUGUUACACUUCCCUUAUGAUUAGAUAUUUGUUGAUAUUGUUUUGUUACUGUUAUAUAUUGCAACUUUAUCUUCAACACUGUACGGCUUUUCACAAUUUCAGUAGAUGUUCUAGUUACUGGAGGCAGGUUAUCCGACUUACAAGUUUACCUACUUGAAUCUUUCACCUGUUAAAGUGAGUGUCCACACAGUCCAGGUUACAUGCUGAGUAGGCCAUCUACUGUUGACGUCAAAACCAGGUGUUUGCAUAUUAUUUUUGUUUACGGGCAGAUAGAACACAAUCAAAUGUUUUUUAUGAUAGAUCUGGACUGAUGGUUAUCAUACUAUAGCUGCCAAAUGUUUAAUCUAUGAAUAAUUAUUUAAUGGUUCAGACCAAGUAGCAUGAGCACGUUGAAACAUAUUCACAUCUAUAAUAAUUGAAGUAUCUCAAUUACAUUGAAAACCUGAUUUUAAGAGGCUUAUAAGAUACUGUUGACUGCAGGCAGUUGGUAAAAGUUACCGUAGAAUAAAUGGCCCAUAUGAAUAAAACCAGAGCAAAUGCUCAUGAGCAAGAGCAUGGAGCAUAAGGUUUUGCUCAUGAGCAUUAGGUAGAAGCAUAAGCAUUUGCUCAUUUCUAUAUGAAUAAGCUUUAC